GGCAACAUGUCAGUCACCGUGUGUCACGGAGGAGACCCCAUCCCCAAAAGUCCCUUCAACAUCAGCGUGGCCCCCCCGCUCGACAUCAACAAGGUCAAGGUUCAGGGUUUGAACAACAAGGUGGACGUGGGGAAGGACGAGGAGUUCUCCAUCAGCACUCGGGAGGCGGGAGGUCAGGGUAAACUGGAGGUGAAGAUCACCUCUCCGUCACGCCGGCCAAUCCCCUGCAAGCUGGAGUCGGGCUCGGCCAAUGAGCUGCACUCUGUGAAGUAUAUCCCCCCCGAGGAGGGGCAAUACCGCGUGGACAUCGUCUACGACGGGAACCCCGUUCCUGGGAGUCCGUUCAGCGUGGAGGGCGUGAUGCCGCCGGACCCUUCCAAGGUCAGAGAC